AUGAGACGCCGCGUUCCACUGCUGCUACAAUCUGCCUUGCUACUCACUGGAAGUACACUCUCUGCUGCAGCUCACCACCACUCGAAGCGACGAAUCGCUCCGCGGCAGGACUCCGAGCUCACUUUGACAGUCUCCAACCUCUGCACAGAGACGAUAUGGCCUGGCAUGGUGACCCAGGCAGGUAACGGACCUACCGCGGAUGGCUUCGAACUGGCAGCGGGCGCCAAUCAGACUGUCACUGUUGCAAGUAAUUGGCAAGGCCGGAUCUGGGGCCGUACGAACUGCUCAUUUCACGACGAUUAUAGCAAUGGCAAUUGCAUGACUGGCGAAUGUGGACCGAAGAAGUGCAGACAGGCAGGCAACCCUCCAGCCACACUAGCAGAGUUCACGAUGUUGGGCGACGGCGAACAAUCUUUCUAUGAUCUCAGUCUGGUCGAUGGGUAUAACUUGGAUAUGGCCAUCGUCUUGGACCCGAAUGGCGUCAGCAAACUGGAAGAAUUAGACACAAGCACCACAAACCCAUCCUGCAUUGGCAGCGCAAACGACUUCGAUGCCAGUGGAUCAAGCAGCCGUCAGCAAGUCCUCGGCAUAUCUAACAAGUCUGUCUUCGAAGACAAGCAAACCGCUCAAUCACUGUCGAAUUGGUGCCCCUUCGACCUCCUCGAGAACGCCCCGAAAGCUCCCGGUGACGGCGUUUAUCCUUACCCAGGCGGCAACGUCCAAAGACCAGCCUACCAAGCCUGCAACUCCGCCUGCGAAAAGUACAAGAAACCUAAGUAUUGCUGUACGGGCUCGUUUGCCGGAGCUGGGAAUUGCGCCAACAAUUAUUACGGCAAAGCUGCGAAAGCUGUUUGUCCUGAUGCUUAUUCUUUUCCUAAUGAUGAUCAACAGAGUACGUUCAUCAUUCCCGCGGGUGGGACCUUCAACAUUGUCUUUUGCCCUGGCGGCAGGAGCACCAAUCUGAUCGGAACGGGCAAGAAAGUGCAUGUCUCAGCCGGCUCGAGAUCUGCGCUUUUGGCGGGAAAGUCUUUGACUGAGGGCAUUGCGCUGAGUGGCGCUUUUUUGGAUUUUGGGUGGUGGUUCUGGUGUUGCGGGAUGUGGUUUAGAGGACUUGGAGACUGUGCUGGAUGCAGUCUGCCCGUGGACAUUUCUAUGUUGGUGCUUUGGUUGGACAUGCCCCGAGAUGUAGAUACGACGAUAUGA